GCUGCGCGGGGCACGUCAAAACGUAGUCUUCGACAAGAAAACACAAGAUAAUCAAUGAAUUGCGACAUUUACGAAAGUAGUCUGUAGAUUCCUGUUUAGGUCUUGAUAGCCAUGAGUAGAGCCGGCUAUUGGCUAGGCGUGAAUCCUAAACCAAUCUAUCUAUCUCGAUCCAUGGCCUACUCAGCUUAGCCAGCCGCAUGUGAACAGUAUCCCGAGCGAACGGACUAACCUACUUAUUGGAGCUCCAUGUGGUGAUUAUAUAGCUGACGUCGUGCGCUAGCCCGGCAUCGAACCGGCCCUCCCUCCCUUCCACCACCUCCUCUCCCUUCCUUUUACUUUCUGACUCGUGAUACCCAUCCUCACCAGAUACCCAAUCGCAUUUCCCUCCAAAAUCUUUAUACUAGACUCCUACUAAUCGCAAUGGCUGACUCCCGAGCUGCACCCCUCCGCCUGGGCUCUAUUGCCCCUAACUUCCAGGCCGAGACCACCAAAGGUCCCAUCGACUUCCACGAGUUCGUCGGCGACGGUUGGGUUGUUUUCUUCUCUCACCCGGAAGACUUCACCCCCGUCUGCACCACCGAGCUUGGCGCCUUUGCCAAGCUCGAGCCCGAGUUCUCCAAGCGAGGCGUCAAGCUGAUCGGUCUGUCCGCCAAUACUCGUGGCAGCCACGAGAGCUGGAUCAAGGACAUUGACGAGGUCACGGGCGGCCAUGUCGCAUUCCCCAUCAUUGCGGACAAGGAGCGUAAAGUUGCUUACCUCUACGACAUGCUUGACUACCAAGACACUACCAACGUCGACGAGAAGGGCAUUGCUUUUACCAUCCGCUCUGUCUUCAUCAUCGACCCCAAGAAGACCAUCCGAACCAUCCUUUCCUACCCCGCUUCUACUGGCCGCAACUCGGCUGAGGUUCUGCGAAUUGUCGACUCUCUCCAGACUGGAGACAAGCACAAGAUCACAACACCCAUCAACUGGGUCCCCGGUGACGACGUUAUCGUUCACCCUAGCGUCAAGAACGAGCAGGCUAAGGAGCUAUUCCCCGACUUCCGUAUCGUUAAGCCGUACUUGAGAUUCACCCCUCUCCCUAAGGAGAAGGCUACUGUUUCGUAAACAGCUAAAGCUCUAGGAUGGGAAGACAUGGUGGAAAUUUAGGGAAAAUGGAUACAAUGUAUCCAGACUUACUCGACUCUUUUGCUUUGUUAUGAAAACAUUGUACUGGAAGGAAGUAUGCCUUACUCCGUGACUUCCACACUAGAGAUAAUGAAAAUCAAUAAAAAAAGCUAUUCCCUAAG